UUUCCUCCAGGUGCUCCCACAUGUUCUCCCUGUGUCAGCGUGGGUUUCCUCCAGGUGCUCCCACAUGUUCUCCCUGUGUCAGCGUGGGUUUCCUCCAGGUGCUCCCACAUGUUCUCCCCGUGUCAGUGUGGGUUUCCUCCAGGUGCUCUGACAUGUUCUCCCCGUGUCAGCGUGGGUUUCCUCCAGGUGCUCCCACAUGUUCUCCCCGUGUCAGUGUGGGUUUCCUCCAGGUGCUCUGACAUGUUCUCCCUGUGUCAGCGUGGGUUUCCUCCAGGUGCUCUGACAUGUUCUCCCUGUGUCAGUGUGGGUUUCCUCCAGGUGCUCCCACAUGUUCUCCCCGUGUCAGCGUGGGUUUCCUCCAGGUGCUCCCACAUGUUCUCCCCGUGUCAGCGUGGGUUUCCUCCAGGUGCUCCCACAUGUUCUCCCCGUGUCAGUGUGGGUUUCCUCCAGGUGCUCCCACAUGUUCUCCCUGUGUCAGCGUGGGUUUCCUCCAGGUGCUCCCACAUGUUCUCCCUGUGUCAGCGUGGGUUUCCUCCAGGUGCUCCCACAUGUUCUCCCUGUGUCAGCGUGGGUUUCCUCCAGGUGCUCCAACAUGUUCUCCCCGUGUCAGCGUGGGUUUCCUCCAGGUGCUCUGACAUGUUCUCCCCGUGUCAGUGUGGGUUUCCUCCAGGUGCUCUGACAUGUUCUCCCUGUGUCAGCGUGGGUUUCCUCCAGGUGCUCCCACAUGUUCUCCCCGUGUCAGUGUGGGUUUCCUCCAGGUGCUCCCACAUGUUCUCCCUGUGUCAGCGUGGGUUUCCUCCAGGUGCUCCCACAUGUUCUCCCCGUGUCAGUGUGGGUUUCCUCCAGGUGCUCCCACAUGUUCUCCCCGUGUCAGUGUGGGUUUCCUCCAGGUGCUCUGACAUGUUCUCCCUGUGUCAGCGUGGGUUUCCUCCAGGUGCUCCCACAUGUUCUCCCUGUGUCAGCGUGGGUUUCCUCCAGGUGCUCCCACAUGUUCUCCCUGUGUCAGCGUGGGUUUCCUCCAGGUGCUCCCACAUGUUCUCCCCGUGUCAGCGUGGGUUUCCUCCAGGUGCUCCCACAUGUUCUCCCCGUGUCAGCGUGGGUUUCCUCCAGGUGCUCCCACAUGUUCUCCCCGUGUCAGCGUGGGUUUCCUCCAGGUGCUCUGACAUGUUCUCCCUGUGUCAGCGUGGGUUUCCUCCAGGUGCUCCCACAUGUUCUCCCUGUGUCAGCGUGGGUUUCCUCCAGGUGCUCCAGCUUCCUCCCACAGUCCAAAGACAUGCAGGUUAAUUGGUGACUCUAAAUUGUCCGUAGGUGUGAAUGUGAGUGUGAAUGGUUGUCUGUCUCUAUGUGUCAGCCCUGUGAUAGUCUGGUGACCUGUCCAGGGUGAACCCUGCCUCUCGCCCAGUGUCAGCUGGGAUAGGCUCCAGCCCCCUGUGACCCCAACAGUAUGAGCAGUUAUGGAAAGUAGAUAUUCCGUAUCAGCCGCAUCAGAAGUUGUG